CUGUAGUUACACCUCACGAAAUUUAGUAGGUACAAUAAUGGGACAAAAAUAUAAAUAUUUAAACCUAGCCUCAAAGAGGGUUGGCGCCCUCGAAUGAGACCCGCAUGGCCGGAGCGGCUCCGUCACAGAGCCCCUGUAUCCUUUAUGCCUUUGAUGCAACUCUUCGCUUCUCUCCGAAUUCUAAACCGCCAUGGAUUGCAUCUCAAAUUUUCUUCCAUUUCUUGUCCGGAUUCCUUCUCUUGCUUUCAACGAUCCUCAGUUUCUGCCUCUGCUACAUUUUGCUCCUCAGUCCAUUUCGAUCAUUCUCCCAGCUCUUCGCCGCAGUCUCCUGUGCAAACGAUUUGUUCGUUGGUCAUCGAGUCUUGUUUUCGUCAACCCCAUCUCAGACUCUCUCCUUCUAAGUUGAAGCUUGAGCUAGACGCCGAUUCUUUGACUCAUGAACAAGCCAUUUCUGUCGUUGCUUCACUCGCCAGCGAGGAGGGUUCAAUGGUGGCGUUGAGUUUCUUUUACUGGGCAAUUGGGUCUCCCAAAUUCCGCUAUUUCAUGCGGCUUUAUAUAGUCUGUACGAUGUCAUUGAUCGGGAAAUGUAAUAUGGAGCGAGCCCAUGAGGUGGUGGAGUGUAUGAUAGGGGUUUUUGCAGAAAUUGGGAAAUUGAAGGAGGCGGUUGAUAUGAUCAUUGACAUGAGAAAUCAGGGGCUUUUGUUGACCACCAGGGUGAUGAAUCGUAUAAUCAUGGUUGCUUCUGAAAUGGGGCUGGUUGAAUAUGCAGCCAACGUGUUCGACGAAAUGUCUGCAAGAGGUGUGGCUCCCGAUUCUUGCACUUAUAAGUCUAUAAUUGUUGGUUACUGUAGAGAUGGCAAUGUUUUGGAAGCAGAUAGGUGGAUCUGUGAGAUGAUGGAGAGAGGCUUUGUGGUUGAUAAUGCCACAUUGACUUUGAUUAUUAAUGCUUUUUGUGAGGAGAAUUUUGUAAACAGAGCACUUUGGUUUUUUCAUAAGAUGAAAAAAAUGGGUUUAUCACCAAAUUUGAUCAACUUUACAUCUAUGAUAAGUGGGUUGUGCAAGAGGGGAAGUGUUAAGAAAGCAUUUGAAUUAUUGGAAGAGAUGGUUAGAAAUGGCUGGAAACCCAAUGUGUAUACCCACACAUCCUUAAUUGAUGGCCUUUGCAAGAAAGGGUGGACAGAAAGAGCUUUUAGACUGUUUCUUAAGCUUGUUAGAAGUGAUAAUUACAAGCCAAAUGUGCACACUUACACAGCCAUGAUAAGUGGGUAUUGCAAAGAGGAGAAGUUGAAUAGAGCUGAAAUGUUGUUUGAAAGAAUGAGAGAACAGGGGAUGGUCCCAAACACAAACACUUAUACAACUCUCAUUAAUGGGCACUCUAAAGGUGGUAAUUUCAGUAGGGCCUAUGAAUUGAUGGAGUUAAUGUGUUAUGAAGGUUUCUUCCCUAAUAUUUGUACAUAUAAUGCAAUUGUUGAUGGACUCUGUAAAAAGGGGAGACCAGAAGAGGCUUUCAGACUUCUAAAUAAGGGGUUUUAUAAUGGAAUUCGAGCCGACAGUGUGACGUAUACAAUUCUGAUAUCCGAGCAGUGUAAGCGAGCCGAUAUGAAUCGAGCUCUGAUGUUUCUAAGUAAGAUGUUUAAAGUUGGUUUCCAGCCUGAUAUCCAUUUAUAUACCACUUUGAUUGCUGCCUUCUGCAGGCAAAAAACAAUGAAAGACAGUGAAAAGUUAUUCGAAGAAGUUGUUAGGUUCGGUUUGGUUCCAACAAAAGAAACUUACACAUCCAUGAUAUGUGGCUAUUGUAGGGAGAGAAAAAUUACCUUAGCAGUAAAAAUUUUUCAGAAGAUGAGUGACCAUGGCUGUGCACCAGAUAGCAUUAGUUAUGGAGCUCUAAUCAGUGGCCUUUGUAAAGAGUCGAGGUUGGAUGAGGCUCGCGGAUUAUAUGAUGCCAUGAUGGACAAAGGACUGUCUCCUUGCGAAGUUACUCGGGUGACGCUGGCUUAUGAGUAUUGCAAAACAGAAGACUUUGCUUCAGCCAUGGUUAUCUUGGAACGGCUUGACAAGAAGCUUUGGAUACGCACUGUUCAUACACUAAUACGGAAGCUCUGCAGUGAGAAGAAAGUCGGCAUGGCAGCUCUGUUCUUCCAUAAGUUACUGGACAAAGAUGGCAAUGUCAAUCGUGUGACUUUGGCUGCAUUCAUGACUGCUUGUUGUGAAAGCAACAAGUAUGCUCUCGUCUCCGACAUAUCCGAGAGGAUUUCAAAAGGUAUCGGCUAACCAACCUCUGAAAACAGGAAUGAUAGAUGAAUUUGUUGUGUUGAAGAGCUUAAACAUGGAGGAAGAUAAUGGCCAGAAAUGGACUUGAAUCUCUUGAUUACAAUUCAGCUGAAUUGAAGAGAUGUCUUCCAAGAUGAUAAGGCCUGAUCCUGCACUUGUUUAAGCUUUCAGCAGCCACAACAUGAACAGUUUUCAGAAGAAAAAAAAUGAAGAUCUUGAAUGAGAAGUACAUCCUAAAUGGCACAUCCUUUGGCCAUCUUAAGGAUUGGAUUGGAAGCUGAAGCCUUUUCCCUGUACAUUUUCUGUUUUCCUUUUCCACAAUAAGAUCUUCACAUGUUCAAUAAAAAUUUAAAAUAUUAUUAUAUUUUUUUUGAAAAGAAAACAUUAUUAUAUUUAAAUCAUAUAUUGUUCUCUUCUUUGCA